AUGGAUGAGGUGAUUUAUUAUUACUUGUCCCGUGCAUAUCCCACAUGGUUGGUGACAUGGUUCUUUGUUCUUCAUGGGGCUGGUGUCGCCUUUGAGAUGGCCAUGAAAAAGGUGUUGGGUGGCUAUUUGCGGUUGCACAGGUUAAUUUCUGGGCCGAUGACGAUGGCGCUUGUGGGAUUUACCGUCGUGCGGUUGUUUUUACCGCAUGUUAUUAGGCAUGGUUUAGACAAAAAAUCCAUAAAUGAGGAUUCGGUUUUGGCACAAUUUGUCAAGGACUGUUUGCCACUAAUUCAUCUACCUUCGUCUUUCUAG